UCCUCUCUAUCUUUUUUCUAACAAUUAACUAAGAGAUCAGUUAUAAACAAUGGUUCCUCCAAACCCACCACCUAAACGAACGCAACCACAUCCUCAAGCGCUUCCUGCUAGAGGUUUAAACCCUGUCCUAUGCAUCAUCAUCGCCCUCAUCCUUUUAGGACUCCUUGUGGGUCUCGCCAUACUGAUCACAUACCUCACCCUCAGGCCAAAGCGACUAGUCUACACGGUAGAAGCCGCGUCGGUCCAAGACUUUGCCAUCGCCAAGGACGAUCACAUUAGCGCCAAAUUCAACUAUGUGAUCAAAUCAUACAACCCUGAGAAACAUGUCUCCGUGAGAUACCACUCCAUGCGCAUCUCCACGGCUCACCAUAACCAGUCCGUGGCGCACAAGGAGAUCCCUGCCUUCAAGCAACGUCCAAAGAACGAGACGAAGAUUGAGACGCAGCUUGUGUCACACAACGUGGCAUUGUCUAAGUUUAAUGCAAAGGACUUGAGAGCUGAAACGACUAAAGGGGUGAUUGAAAUGGAAGUGUAUAUAACGGCUAGAGUGAGCUACAAGACUUGGAUUUUGCGGUCAAGGAGACGUACGUUGAAGGCUGUGUGUACACCCAUUAUGAUCAACGUUACAUCGAACUCGUUGAAUGGGUUCCAGAGAGUUUUAUGCCGAACUCGUCUUUAGUUUGGUUUAUUUAUAAACGUGAAGUGAUUUUAUUUGUGUAUGUAUAAAAUAUGCUAUGUGCCCUUGAUUGUUUGUGUGUUUUUGUUUUUUAAUUUCUUAUUUGUUGUUUCUUCUUGUAUGCAUUUAUUAUUAUUCUUUCGUUUUACUUUUCUUUAAAAAAUGUUAUACGUUGUAUUCAAUUUUUUUUGGAAAUGGUUUUUGAAUUUUAAUAAAACUG